AUGGAUUUUCCAAAAUCCAAAAAUAACUUGUUACCCGAACCAGAAUUCGAUUUCAUUGAUGAUUUCCCAAUUGAUACAAUGGGAGUAUUUCAUGAUUUACACCACUUAGACAAUAUUUCUCACACAAGUUCAUCUUUUGACACGAAUUACGCAACUCAUGUUGGAGGAUACGACCCUUUCGGCCCAUUGCCGCUUGGUUUGGGUUCUAAUGAUCUUGACUUAUACGAGUUUAAGCCUCUUCAACAUGUAAAUGAUGGUGGAAUGCUGCUGAAUUUAACCAACCAGAACAAAAGUUUCAUGGGUUGGACCCAAGCUGAUUUUUCGACGCAUUUGGAACUCAUAGAAUACCCGGUUCAGAAUCCUAAGCCGAUGAGUUUCUUCGUGCCAGAUGAAGGAUCAUGUGUCACUGCUGAUAAUGAAAUAAAGAAUGGUAAUACAAAGCCAUGCAAAGGGAAAAACAUCAUGGCAAAUUCAUCCAAAGGGCAGUGGACCAAAGAAGAAGAUAGGAUUUUGAAAGAAAUGGUGGAGAGGUGUGGGGUGAGAAAAUGGUCAUACAUCGCCCAAAUGUUGAAAGGGAGGAUCGGCAAGCAGUGCAGGGAACGAUGGCACAAUCAUCUUAGGCCUGACAUCAAGAAGGAUUUCUGGACCGAGGAGGAAGAUCGGAUACUGAUUGCAGCACACGCAGAAGUAGGAAACAAAUGGUCAGAAAUAGCUAAGAAACUCCCUGGGAGAACUGAGAACUCAACAAAAAACCACUGGAAUGCUACAAAAAGGAGGCAAUACACAAAGAGAAAAUGCAGAUCAAAAUGGCCGAAGCCAAGUCCUAUUUUGCAAAACUAUAUCAAAAGUUUGAAUUUACCAAGGGGAAGAAUGAACUCGAAUCGUAGCAAUGAUAACACUUUGGCAGUGGUUAAACCACCACUUUCAGUGGCAAAUCAAAAGGACUUUGAUAUCGACAAGGUGCCAGAAUUUGCAAUGGAUGUGAAGUUGACUAUAUCAUCACCAAUGGUGGACCAAGAGGACUUUGAUUUUAGUGAUGUGCCAGAUUUUGCCAUGGCUGAGAAGCUGCUUGAAUGGGAUGAUAAUAUCAACUCAUUGCUUGAUGAUUUACCUUCUAACAAUCGAGGUGGUGAAGAAGUGGAUUCAUAUAUGCAGGGUGAUGUGAAGGAGAUGGAUUUGAUGGAGAUGAUUUCACACGUUAAUUUCUAA